ACGGGGCGCGCCCUGCCCUUCUCCUUGGCGAAGGUUGAGAAGUUUUCCUCCGCCCGGGAAGCUACCUGGCAGCUCCGCCGCUUGCUCCGCCCGAGUCCGGCCUCCUUUCCAAAGUCGCUGAUAGGCCCGAACGCCGCCGCUAGCCCGGCUCUAGUCCCCGCCUGUCUUCAGCUCGGGCGCACGAUGGCGGCGUCGGCCUUGGCGCUGGCCGGCGAGGGGCCACGCCAGCUCCGGCAGAGCCUAAAAUGGCUUUGGGCUUUGUGUACCAGAGAAUAUUCUUUUGUAACAGGUCAAAGGAAUAUCGAGAAAGUCCUCGUGGCAAACCGAGGAGAGAUUGCCUGCAGGGUGAUGCGGACAGCCCGAAAGAUGGGGGUGAAGUCGGUGGCAGUUUAUAGUGAGGCUGACCGGAAUUCAAUGCAUGUAGCCAUGGCUGAUGAAGCCUAUUGCAUUGGCCCAGCACCAGCUCAGCAGAGUUACUUAUCCAUGGAAAAAAUAAUACAAGUGGCCAGAAAGUCUGCAGCACAGGCCAUCCAUCCAGGCUAUGGUUUCCUAUCCGAAAACACAGAAUUUGCUGAACUCUGUAACCAAGAAGGGAUAAUUUUCGUAGGUCCUCCUUCAUCUGCAAUCAGAGAUAUGGGCAUUAAGAGUACUUCUAAGGCCAUCAUGUCGGUGGCUGGAGUUCCUGUGGUGGAAGGUUACCACGGUGAAGACCAAUCGGAUAGGUUUCUGGAAGAGCAAGCCAGAAGGAUCGGCUACCCAGUUAUGAUCAAAGCUGUCCGUGGAGGUGGAGGAAAGGGAAUGAGAAUAGCAUUUACUGAGAAAGAAUUUCAGGAGCAAUUGGAAUCAGCUCGAAGAGAAGCAAAGAAGUCCUUUAACGAUGAUGCCAUGUUGAUAGAGAAGUUUGUUGACAAUCCAAGGCACGUAGAAGUUCAGGUAUUUGGAGACCAACAUGGCAAUGCCGUCUACCUGUUUGAAAGAGAUUGCAGUGUACAAAGAAGACAUCAAAAAAUUAUUGAGGAAGCCCCAGGGCCAGGAAUUAAGCCUGAAGUGAGAAGGAAGCUUGGAGAAGCUGCUGUUAGAGCAGCAAAAGCCGUGAACUACGUAGGAGCAGGAACUGUGGAGUUUAUCAUGGACGGUGCACAUAAUUUUUAUUUCAUGGAAAUGAAUACCAGGCUGCAGGUAGAGCAUCCAGUUACAGAGAUGAUCACAGGGACUGACUUGGUGGAAUGGCAAUUGAAGGUUGCUGCAGGAGAGAAGGUUCCUCUGACUCAGGAAGAGAUUGUCCUCAAAGGACAUGCAUUUGAAGCUAGGAUCUACGCUGAAGAUCCCAACAACAACUUCAUGCCAGGAGCUGGGCCCUUACUGCAUCUGUCCACGCCAUCUGCUGACAGCUGCACCAGGAUAGAAACUGGGGUAAGACAAGGGGAUGAGGUUUCUAUACACUAUGAUCCGAUGAUUGCUAAAUUAGUUGUUUGGGCAGAAGAUCGCCCAGCUGCUUUAAGGAAAUUAAGAUACUGCCUUCAACAAUAUAACAUUGUUGGACUGAGCACCAAUGUGGAUUUCUUAUUGAAUCUCUCAGCCCAUCCAGAUUUUGAGGCUGGGAAGGUUCACACCAAUUUUAUCCCUCAACACCACGGUGAGCUCUUUCCACCCAAACGAUCAAUUUCAAAAGUGACUUUGUGCCAGGCAGCUCUUGGGCUCAUUUUGAAAGAGAAGCUGAUGACUAAUACCUUUAGACUCCAGACAGAAGAUAAGUUCUCUCCAUUUGCAUCCAGCAGUGGCAAGAGAAUAAAUAUCCCUUACGUUAGAAACAUCACUCUUCUGGAUAAUGAAAAAAAUGUGAAUAUUGCCAUACAGUACAAUCACAAUGGAUCUUAUGACAUGCGGAUAGAAGAUCAGCUUUUCCAUGUUUCUGGCUGCCUGAUGAUGAAUGAUGGCAUAGAAUAUAUAAGAUGUUCAGUGAAUGGAGUUGUAUCCCAGUGCAAAUUAGUAGUCCUGGAUACUGCCAUCCACCUUUUCUCGUCGGAAAGUCAUGAGCAGAUUGGUCUUCCGGUGCCAAAAUAUUUAACCAGCAAGAGUUCAGGUGGGGACCACAUUGGGCCUGUCGCUCCCAUGACAGGCACAGUAGAAAAGGUGUUUGUGAAACCUGGAGAUACAGUUCAAAAGGGAGACGCCCUUGUGGUGAUGACAGCUAUGAAAAUGGAGCAUAUCAUCCGGGCUACCAACGCAGGGAUAAUAAAGAAAGUUCUUUAUCAGGAAGGUUCCCAGGUCAAGAGAAACGCUCUGCUUGUUGAGUUAGCAGAGGAAGACUGAUUCAGAAUAAUCCCCAGCGAUUGGAGUUUCAGGAAGAACUGCCUCCAAAUUCUUUACUCAUGAGAACGAAAGAGAAGAGUCCAAGGAUUUACCUCAGCACAGCCAUAUUUGAUGGUCCUCAUUGUUUAAAACAAUUGCUGGAUUUCUUAGCAGCUGCUGAUUCUCCAUGAAAGCAAAAAUGGUCUCCACUGAAAAAUAUUUUAAACCGCCACCUGAGAGGCUGCCUGUUACCGUAGAAACUGUGAUGCCUGCCUGGGUACUUGAAAAGUUUGUGAUUACAUUUUCAUUUAGCCAGCAGUGUAAUCUGAUAGUCCUGGACAAGCUGAAUUCUCACAUCUCCAUUGGUAUAAUAAUAGCUUGACCCAGGGAGGUCAGCGUGGAUGAAAAAAUUCUGGAUUGAGUGCACUAAAGAACAGAAGACAAGAGAAGUAAUAUACCUUUCCAGCCUCCGUACUCAAUCGAGGGAUCAAUGGUAGCCAGAAAAAUAAUAGAAAAAAACACUGUACGAACACUUUUUGUCCCUCGUCUUCCUUAGCAUGUGUUGUCUCUUUGGAAAACAGCUGCAGUGACUACAGCUUCUGGUCUGAUUCAAUUGUUGCAUUGUUUUAAAAUAUUUUGAGAGCUGUGGUUGGGAAUGACAAAAUUUUAAUUUGUCAUUCUCAACAGGCACGGUUUGUUCUGAUCUCCUUUUGUCCCACGUUUGGUUGUCUGAUUAUGGAAUUUCUAAUACCAGAUGUCCACAUUUUAUACAGUACAUUUAAAAAGGCUAACUAAUAUGUGGUAAUAAUACAGCUCUCCCAAGUAUUUUUCCUAUA